UCGAAUGUUAAUGUGAUAUUAUAUCCCGAUUUGUUGUAAUGUAUUAUUUAUUGGCUAUUGAUAUUGAAACUAGUGAUACGUAUUGAUUAUUGAUUGAUUUAUUCAUUUAAAUUCAUGAAAUAGCCUACCUGUUUAGGUGCAUUUUGGAUUAUCCCAGUGUUUGGUAUGGCCUUUUAUUUGGCUCCCCGAAAGCAUGUUCAUUUGACACCCUGCGUCCUACCUGAAAGGUAUGGAGGAGCUGUAGUGUAGGCCUAUUGAUAGUUUUCGAUUUUUAGGCCAUUGCGCUAUGCGUCUCUGAAUUUAGUCUCAAUGUAUUUAGAUGCAAACUAUUCUAUCCAUCAGUAAAAUGGGCGAAGCCUUUAUCAGGGAGCUUCUCUCUCUAUGCCUUCAACGGAUUGCUGUGGAGGAAAAUGCAAUGAACAACACUGAACUUGAGUUUAUUGAGGUAGUGAAUAACUUUGAUGCCGCAAGGAAGAAAUGGCUACAUGCAGAGCUGGAGCUGAAGAGGCACAAGGCGCUACUGUUGAAGUCCGACAUAGCCCAGGCUGCCCUGGAGGUCAAACUAAAACACUGUCGCAACCAGGUCGAUGUGGAGAUUAAGAAGCGCUACAAGGCUGAGGCAGACUUUCAGUACCUGCAGCGACAGAUGCAACUUAUGUGUGACAUACUGGUCCACGACAGCAAGUCCAAUGCAUGUCUGAAUGACGAGCAGAGAUCUCUGCUGGCCAACUUCAACCACAGGGGAGCCAACGUCACCCAGCACAAGAGCAAACGAUUAUCUGUCAUCGAUGAGUCUUCAUUCCUGUCUCACUCUGAUAUUAGUUAUGAUAGAACUGAUGAUGACAUGGACCUGGAUGUGACAGCCGUGAAACCACUUAAGUCGAGAGCAAGGGAAAAAAGGCGCUCUUCCAUGGGACCGACUGUAGGUGCGCACACAGGGAAGAGGGGAAGAGUAGGUGGCCGUUCAGACGAUCUCCUUGAAAGAAGACCAAUGGAAAAGGAAGUUGAGACUACGAUUGUGACCGCGUCUGUCACAACCCCAGAGAGCGGAGGGCAAAUUCACAUGGUGAUUGACAUCACCCAGGAAACACCUGAGAAACCACCCAGGACUUACCGGAAGGAGCACCAGAUUUCAUCUGUUGGCGAGCAAACGUCCGUGUGGACUCCCAAUGAUGAAACGGCUGUUGAGCAUGAAACUACUGUGGAGCCUGACACCAUGACAGAAAUGGAGUCCACCACAGAGCCUAGAUUUAACCAGGUGUUCACUCCCACUGUUAGCAAAACUUUGAGACACUACUUCCUGUCUAAAACGGUGAUUCGUCCAGAAACGUGUGUUCCAUGUGGGAAGAGGAUCCGGUUUGGGAAGAUGGCUGUGAAGUGCAGGGACUGCCGUGUGGUAGCUCAUCCUGAAUGUAAACCGAAGUGCCUGGAAAGCUGCUCUGCCUCAUGUGGAGCUCAUGGAUCUGAGGACACGUUAGAGAGCUUUGCCCCACGUACCCAGCCUAGGAUCCCUCCGAUUAUUGUUCAGUGCGUGAAUGAAAUUGAGAAAAGAGGAUUAGAGGAGAAAGGCAUCUACCGUGUUCCCGGGGGUGAACGUAUGGUGAAGGCGCUGAGGGAGAGAUACAUUAAUGGGAAAAGGCCACUCAUGCUCAGUAGAGUGGAUGAGAUCCACGUUGUCUGUGGACUUCUCAAGGACUUCCUGAGGAAACUGAAGGAGCCUCUCAUCACCUUCAGGCUGCAUAGAACCUUCAUGGAGGCCUGUGAGAUUCCAGAUGAUGACAACAGCGCAGCGAUAAUGUACCGGUCCAUAGGGGAUCUGCCUAAGCCCAACAGAGACACACUGGCUUUCCUCAUGCUUCAUCUGCAGAGAGUCAUGCAGAGCCCCCUCUGUCAGAUGGACAAGAACAAUUUGUCCAGGGUGUUUGGACCAACCAUUGUUGGGCAUGGAAUGGCUGAGCCCUCCCCAAUGACCAUUAUGAGGGACACAAACAUUCAGCCAAUGGUCAUAGGCAGAAUGCUGUCGUUCCCUGCUGAGUACUGGAAACGCCUCAUCAUGGUGGCGAGGGACCAAGUUAUAUCAUCAGUUGUUGACGCCAACAUCAAUAGCCACAGUACAGACAGAGAUCGUCUGUUUAAACCGCUGACUUCCCCUGAGCUGAGUAAAUACCCCAAGACUCCUACCAGUGGUUCACUGAAGGGCAGAAUGAAGAAUGCCUUCAACAAUACUAACAGGGCAAAGACUGACCCGGGCAAAAAUAAGUUCUUCACAUCCCCCAACUGAUAUCAUUGUGGCUUCCAGACUUCUUUAAAUUGGAUUAGUUCUGUGGAAUAGACUGUUGGUAUAUUCAUGAGUAACUAAAGCACUUCACAUUUGGCUCUUUUUCAGUGUAAAAAUGUUUUGUAUCAUAACGUGGAGUAUAAGGGUUAGAACGGUGUACACUUUAGGAACCACACUAAUGCAUGAGAAACUUUAAAUAAAUGACAUUAUGAAACUGU